AGCACAAACUAGCCAAGCCUACUUUUGUUUGUGAAGUGAAGGUCUUCUUUCAAUGUUCUUGACUUUGCUUCGAGGCUUAGGAUAUAUUGAAGAGCUGAAGUGACAAAAUGGUGAGAUGCUGUGGUUUGGUUACUGUCAAGAAUGAACCAGUUCCUCUGAAGAGUGUGGAGGUAGAUGUGCAUGUGCAGGGACAUGUAGCCACAGUGACCUCCACUCUGCUGUAUGUGAAUGGAGAAGAGCGCCCCCUAGAGGCUGUGUUUGUGUUCCCUCUGCCUGGAGAAUGUGCCGUCUGUCACCUCAGCGCCAAGAUAGGAGACACAGAGGUGGUGGCAAAGCUGCAGGACAAACAGAAGGCCCGGGAGGAGUAUGAUGAUGCGUUGAGCUCGGGCCACCAGGCCUUCCUGCUGGAGGAGAGUGAUCAGAGCCCAGACGUGUUCCAGCUGAACGUGGGCAGCCUUCCUCCAGGAGAGAGUGCUGCCAUCACUCUGGUCUACAUCUCAGAGCUGGACAUGCAAGCUGACGACGCCCUGCGCUUCUGUCUGCCCGCUGUGCUCAACCCCCGCUACACACCCCAGGACAUGGACAGGAGUCAAAUGGCCACUGUGACAUCAGUCCCAGCUGGUACGGUGCCCUACACUUUGGCUCUCAGUGCUCACCUGUCCUCCCCCCAGCCCAUCUCUAAAGUGGAGUCCAACUGUGAUCUGGAGCCACUGGCUUACCUCAACCCAGACAAAACACAGGCCACGGUGAGUCUCUCUCCAGGCCACCUGUUUGAUCGUGAUGUGGAGCUGCUGCUGUAUUACCACGAUGCUCAUAAGCCCACUGCCAUAGUGGAGGCUGGACUGGACACUGCUGAGCCAGGCUCUUUGAUGAGGGACCCAGUUGUUUUGCUCAGCAUUUACCCAGAGUUCCCUGCUGCAGUAACAUCCUCACUUUCCACGGUGGGAGAGUUUAUUUUUGUGGUGGACCGAUCAGGGAGUAUGGACUGCGCAAUGCACUCAGGAAAAGAUGCAAAGAUGCGCAUAGAGAGUGCCAAGGACACUUUGCUCCUGCUCUUGAAGAGCCUCCCCAUGGGCUGCUACUUCAACAUCUAUGGCUUUGGCUCCCGUUAUGAACAUUUCUUCCCGAAGAGCGUUGAGUACAACCAGAAGACGAUGGAUGAUGCUCUUGAGAAAGUGAAGGGAAUGAGAGCAGACAUGGGGGGCACUGAGAUUCUUCAGCCUCUGAAACACAUCUACAGCCAGCCCUGCAUCCCCAGUCACCCCAGACAGCUCUUCAUUUUCACUGAUGGAGAGGUGGGGAACACUAAGCAGGUUUUGGACUUGGUGAAGAUCAAUGGGAAUUCUCACCGGUGCUUCUCUUUUGGAAUUGGACAGGGCGCCAGCACUGCUUUAAUCACAGGCCUGGCCAAGGAGGCCUCUGGGCAUGCUCAGUUCAUCACAGGAACAGACCGCAUGCAGCCAAAGGUGAUGCAGUCUCUGCGCUAUGCACUGCAGCCAGCAGUGAAGGACAUCUCUGUCCACUGGAACCUUCCAGAUGGUGUAUCUGUCACCACUUUGUCUCCUCCACUCAAAGUGCUCUUCCAUGGUCAAAGGGCCCUGCUCUAUGCCCAGCUCAAAGGAGAGAACACAGCGAUUCCUGAAGGAUCUGUGACAAUACAGUACAACCUGUUGGAGGAGACGGUCAAGAACCAACUCAGCUUCUGCCUCAGACCCACAGGAGAGACAGGAGUGACUCUCCACCGGCUGGGGGCUCGGACUCUGAUCCGCUCGCUGGAGAUGGAGGAGAGGGCAGCAGGGCCAGAGGCGAAGGCCCUGAGAGAGAAGCUGCUGCAGCUCAGCCUGCAGUCUGGAGUCAGCUGCACACACACCGCCUUCAUCGCCAUCCACAAGGGCAGUGGACAGACUGUGCAGGGACCACUACUGCACAGAACUGUGCCAACGCCAGGAAUGUUUUUUAUUCCAACGGUUCUAAAUGCCCCAACUCGUAUAAUGGCUAAAAUGGCCCCAAUGGCUAGAAUGGCUGCAGCGCCUCCAAUGCCUCCGGUAAUGAUGUUCUGGGAUUCUAUGGAAGAUGAUGAUGAGAUGUUUGAUGGGGUUCAAGAACCAGAGUCUCCCACAGAUCCCCUCCUUCAGCUGAUCUCUCUCCAGAAAGCCUCGGGAUCAUGGGAAAUGGAGUCCUCCAUGGCCAAGGUGUUGAAGAAGACAGAUGAUGAGUUGGACAAACUGAUGCCAGUGGGGGUGGAUAAGGCUGUGUGGGCUACAGUUCUGGCUCUGAUUUGGCUCUAUGGUUUCUGCCUGGAUGCCCAGGAUGAAUGGCAGUUUGUAGCCAUGAAGGCAGCAUCAUGGAUUCAAGCUCAGAAAGUGGACUGUGUGUCUCAGUGUGUGCAGGCUGGAAAUGCUCUGCUGGGAUGUCUGCUGCAGCAGAAGACUCUGGGCCUCUGAGGACUUCACCACAUCUUGCCUCAUGUGUCCUAGAGCUUAUUGGCAUCACAGUAUUUUUCAUUUGCUUCUAUCAUUGUAAUGAAAUUACUAUGCCCCCAUGUUUUUUUUAAGUUAUAUGUUUGGGCUUUUUAGGCUUUAUUUGAUAGACGGUGGCCCUGAAGAGAUGGCCGGAAAUGAGUGGGAGAGGGGGGCACAUCAAAACAUGUUUUGUUACAAAGUACAAUACUUAUGAAAUAUAAGAAAAUAAAGUACAAAAUACCCGUGUGAAAAAAUAAAAUACAGGUAACUAGUAGGUAAUGACUGCUGCCCAGUCUUGCCCAUUCUCUCCGCAAAAAUAAAUCACGCAAAAUUUGUCUCCA